CGAGUCUCUUCACUCCGACAUUGCUCGCCUUCACACCCCACAACACAACAAACACAUUCUGAGACUAUUUAUAGUUAUCCCCAUUCUGGUUAUGUUCUUUCUUUCUUACUCCCUCUCAAUCAAACCGUGUUAGGGUUAGAACUAAGAUUAGGGUUUCUUUACUUUACCCGCGUAAUGUAAUGCGUCGAAAACCCCCAAUUCUACCCUCCUUCCAACAACAACAAUGUUCGGCUCCAUGAACAAGAUCGUCUCCGCUGAAGACACCGACGGCUCCGUCUCCGACCACCACAUCCAUUACAGUUCCCACACCAUCGAAGACGACGGCGCCGCCUCCGAUCACCACAUCCAUUACAGUUCCCACACCAUCGAAGAGGACGGCGCCGUCUCCAACCACCACAUCCAUUACAGUUCCCACACCAUCGAAGAAGACGGCGGCGCCACUGUCGAAGAGGUUUCCGCCGUUCCGCCCCUUGAAAUCUCUAUCAACGAUUCUAGCCAGCUCACGCUCUCGUUUCGCGGCCAAGUCUAUGUCUUCGACGCUGUUACACCUGAUAAGGUUCAAGCAGUGUUGUUGCUGUUGGGAGGAAAUGAACUAACUUCGGGUUCGCAAUGUGCGGAGCUAUCAUCUCAAAAUCAGACUGGUGAGGAGGAAUAUCCUGCAAAAUGUAGUCUACCACAGCGAGCAGCGUCAUUGAAUAGGUUUCGUCAGAAGAGGAAAGAGCGGUGCUUUGAUAAGAAAGUUAGAUAUAGUGUACGUCAAGAAGUUGCACUCAGGAUGCAUCGUAAUAAGGGUCAAUUUACUUCAUCAAAGAAUCAGGAUGGAACUAAUAGUUGGGGUUCAGAUCAAGAGUCAGGGCAGGAUGCUGUUCAAUCUGAAACCUUGUGCACACAUUGUGGAAUAAGUUCAAAAUCCACUCCAAUGAUGCGUAGGGGGCCAUCUGGUCCAAGGUCACUUUGCAAUGCUUGUGGGCUUUUUUGGGCAAAUAGGGGCACUUUGAGGGAUCUUUCUAAGAGAAACCAGGAACACUCUCUUGCACCACCUGAGCAGGUUGAUGAGGGCAGUAAUAAUAAUGACUUUGACUGUCGGAGUGGCAUCCCUGCACAACAUAACAAUCUUGUUAAUGAUAACAAAGCUUUGGUAUCUGAUCGUUGAGUUUUCCACUCACAGGAAAUGCAAGUCCUUGACUGUGACAUUCGCAGGUUUUUAGUAAUUCCAUUCAGUUUGACCUAUAGAAUGUACAGUAUAUAGCAAAGCUCUCGUCAAUACAAGAGAGGUCUAUUUCUAUACUCUCUGAUCAGUUGCAUUAAACUGUUUAUCUAUGACUGUACAAACUGGAAUUUGGAAUGACUUGAUCGAAUACAAGAGAUCUAUUCCUAUACUCUCGGACAGUUGCAUUAACUGUUUAUCUAUGAAUGUAUAAACUGGAAUUUGAAAUGAACUUGAUCCUCA